AUGUUACUGAAGCAUGCCAUACAUCCUGAUGUCCUGCCCAUGGUGAAUGGUCCUGUCAAAGUCAGGUUUGGCUUGACAUUGAAUCAAAUUGUUGACGUGGUAAGAAUAGAUACAACCAAGUCGAUUCCAUGUGAAAAUUCAUCUAGCUACGAGUGAAAUCAUGGGAUUCUGAGGAAGAUUUGCCCUAGCCAAUGCCGACAGAGAUAUUUGGGGGGCCGGGGCGGGUUAAAUAUUUGGGGUCGUAGUGAUUUUCUGUUGUCAAAGAUCCUUGAAGUUAUGUGCUAUUUUAGGACAAUUAUUUCCUUCGAGUUUGAAUGCUUAUAUAAUGUUUUCAAUGAGUUUAAUUAGUUCAGAGGGUUCGGGGGCAUUCUUCCCGGGAAAAAUUUGAAAUCUAGAGUCCCUAGAAUAGCAAUUCCUGCAUCAUCUGGAAGAAUAUUUAAUUGUGGUAUCUAUUCAUAUUUUACUUUAUCCUUAUUUGGGGCUCCCUUCAGCUGCGUGGGGCCCGAGGCAAAUUACACUUUUGCCUUCCCCCUCUGGGCGGCCCUGUUGCCUUAGAUUCAAAUAUUAGGUCUGGGAUUCACAUUGUGUUGUGUGAAUCUAUAUUUCACGCAUGUAAAUAUCAUAAUUAAUCCAGUUAAAUAGUUUUUAUUACUCGAUAAUCUGAUUUCUUAAUAACUCAAUUCAUUAUUUUCCAAAAAAUUUCAUAAUGGUUGGCGUUAAAUUAAUUAAAGAACCAGGCCCGUAGCCUACAUCAGUGCAUAUCAAAAUUUAUUCUCGUAAAAUCAUGCACUACAAUAACUAGAUUUUGUGUUUUCAAGCCAAAUUUGAUUUAAUUUGUUGCAUAGAAUGAGAAACAUCAAAUUUUGACGACAAGUAUGUUCGUCAGACAGGUAGGUAAAGAGAAAAUCUAUUUGAAAGUUGUAAUCAAGACAUGGCCACAAAUUCUAAACUACAGCAUUGUAUCUUUGAAGUCUUGGAACAAUCCUAGUUUAUCCUGGAACCCGGCAGAAUUCAUGAACAUCACCAGUAUAAAUAUACUUCCUUCUCGUGUUUGGAAACCAGAUGUUGUGUUGUAUGACAGGUUAGUAAACGUGAAUACAUUGUUGUACCUUAUAAUUGUAUAAAGGCUAAGGCUGAGCCAGAACAAGAACAAGAGAACAAGAGUUGAAUGAGAGUCGAGAAACGACAGUUUGCAUGAGAGUUUUCUCAACUCUCACGCCCCGGUCAAACGAGAACAAGAGUUGCAUGAGAGUUGAUGAGAGUUAAGAAGCGAGAGUUUGCAUGAGAGUUUUCUCAACUCUCACGCCCCGGUCAAACGAGAACAAGAGUUGCAUGAGAGUUGAUGAGAGUUAAGAAGCGAGAGUUUGCAUGAGAGUUUUCUCAACUCUCACGCCCCGGUCAAACGAGAAAAAGAGUUGCAUGAGAGUUGAUGAGAGUUAAGAAGCGAGAGUUUGCAUGAGAGUUUUCUCAACUCUCACGCCCCGGUCAAACGAGAAUAAGAGUUGCAUGAGAGUUGAUGAGAGUUGAGAAGCGAGAGUUUGCAUGAGAGUUUUCUCAACUCUCACGCCCCGGUCAAACGAGAACAAGAGUUGCAUGAGAGUUGAUGAGAGUUAAGAAGCGAGAGUUUGCAUGAGAGUUUUCUCAACUCUCACGCCCCGGUCAAACGAGAAAAAGAGUUGCAUGAGAGUUGAUGAGAGUUAAGAAGCGAAAGUUUGCAUGAGAGUUUUCUCAACUCUAAUGCCUCGAUCAUACGAGAACAAGAGUUGCAUGAGAAUUGAUGAGAGUUUGAUAAGCGAGAGUUUGCAUGUGAGAGAGAUACAUCAAGAGAAGAUUUUUGGAUAUUUCUUCAAUGUUUCCAUACAAGCCUCAAUUUUAUAGUUUUAUUUUUUCCUCAGUGUUUCUAGCUCAAGGAGUGGUGGAUAUUUAGACGUAGGAACCACAAGAAUCAUCGUCAACUCCUCGGGCCAUCAUCAGUGGUAUUCGCCCAUCAACUUUGAGAGUCAUUGUAAGAUUGAUGUGAGAAACUUUCCAUUCGAUCAGCAAGCAUGUGUCGUAAAGCUUGGCUCGUGGACGUAUGAUGGUACAAGAUUGGACAUUAUGCCGGAAGCACCAACUGCUGAUUUGGGUAAGAUGGUGGAAUAAUGAAAUAUUAGGGGUGGACCAUUUGAUAUCCCGGGAGAGGGGAGGCAGAUCCACCCCCCCAAAUUUUAGUAUAAUAUAUAACACUUGUUCGUUGGUGUUCCAGGAUCGUUCAAGACAAGUGCUGAAUGGUGUGUUAUGGAGUUUCCAGUCAAAAAGAACGUCUUAUACUACGAGUGCUGCGAAGAACCUUAUGUUGAUCUUACAUAUACCUUGAUAAUUGAGAGAAAGCCACUGUCCUAUGUGUUCAAUUUAAUAUUACCAUGCAUAUGUAUUACAGUUCUGACUGUCAUAUCGUUCUGCCUGCCGCCAGAAUCAGGUAUGGUAUCACUGGCCACAUAAUUUGUUCGUUUGUUUGUUUAUUUGCUGGUUUGUUUGUUUGUUCGUUUGUUUAUUUGUCGGCAGGAUAGUUCGUACGGAACGGGGGGGAUUCGCGCAAAGGAAAACAAAAGAAAAUAAAUUGUCAAAGAGGAAAGCAAAGAAAAAUACCUUUACUCGCAAAAAAAAUCCAGCAUAAGGAGACGGCCGGAAAAAAAUUGUGCCCCCUUAAUCAGAAUCGAAUAGUUUAAUAGCAAAGUUUAUGGAACUAAAGGCCAUAAGCUAAGGACAUAUCGAUCAAAUUUUGGUUGUAUUCCCGUUAAAAAUGAUUGGAUAAGCAGCCGUGCAAGUUGAUUACUUGGUAAAGCAAUCAAACCCUCCCAGAGCUUCUUCUGGUCUCCUCCCUCCUAUUGUUUAUAAUCAACAGAACUCUCUGUUUCCAGGUGAACGAGUGUCUCUGUCCAUAACCAUCAUCCUAGCCAUGACAGUCUUCAUGUUUAUCGUCGCCGACAAAGUUCCUCCGAACUCCGACUCUCUGCCAUUACUAGGGAUUUUCUACUUCGCCUGCAUGGUCGAAGAAACCCUGGGUCUCAUUGCCGUAUGUUACACACUCAGUUUGUACUACACUGAUCCACAAUGGUACAAGAUGUCCCCUUGGGUCCGUUGGCUCAUCGCUGAUUGGGCGAAAAAGCUUCUUGGGAUAAAAGUGGACCUCCCACGACGAAAAUCGGCCACUAUCCAGAGUACCCACCAGGGCGUUCUUGAAACGGUACCGCUUGCCAAAAGUGCGCGUGAGCAAGGCACCGAUGUGGUUACUAUUGCUCACCAAAGUCACAUGGGAAACAAAAGGAGAUCACGUGUCUCGAGAGAAGGCCCCAUGGGGCAACCACGUGAUAGCUCGGCUGAUUACUGGAGACUAGCAGCGAUGAUCGCAGAUCGUAUUAUGUUUAUUUUGUUUCUUCUGGCAGUAUCAGUGACGUUUAUCGUGGUGCUCGCGACCGUAUCUCAGGAAUGCAAGAACUCAUGA